AUGAGUUUGACAUUAGGAUUCUAGAGAGUGGUAUGCAAGAACCCAUACUCAACAUUCAAUUUAGCUCUAAUCAGGGUUGCGGUAUACCUUUAGCCCAACUGAGCUCCCCCACGGGCACGUGCUUAACUUUGUCCUACUCCGGCAGGCAAUCACACUUUCUAGAACUCCCGUUGCGAGGCUACAUUUCCGGCACGCUUGGCUCCAUUCUUUAGCUCUACAUAACAGCAAACAAUGAGCAGCGCGAUAUCAGAAAAUGCCGACGAAGAUGAUUUGUUCUCCAAGGCAUCAGAAGCUGCCGAUGAGCUCUACAAGAUUCGGGAGAGGUUUUACCCGGCAAACCCAGAUGAAAAAGCCUCCAUUUUAGAGAGCAAAUCCGAUCUUGCCCUCCAACUGCUCGAUGCAAUACCUCACGAGAGAAGGAAACUACCAAUCCAACGAGCGACAUACGAGUACUUGAGGGGCAAAAUAUUGGAUGUGUUUCCUGAUUAUAGGAAGGAAGCAGAGGAGCACCUCUCAAAAGCUGUAAAGUUGAACCCUUCUCUUGUAGAUGCUUGGCUAUGCCUAGGUAACUGCAUAUGGAAGAAAAGAGAUUUCUCAUCGGUCAAGAAUUGUUUCGUGUUUGGCUUGAGCAAGGGACCAAAUAAAAGAAUACUUUGUCAGCUGUCAAUGCUAGAAAGGGAAAUGGCUCAAGGUGCUGAAGAUGUGGCAGAAAUUGUUGAAGAGAGUGUUAAGCAUGCAAAAGAAGCUAUCACUCUAGAUGUUAAGGAUGGAUAUUCAUGGUAUAACUUGGGUAAUGCCUAUUACACAUCCUUUUUUGUCACCGGAGCUUGGGAUCACAGAAAACUCCUACAGUCAUUGAAAGCAUACCAAAAUUCUGAGAGAGAUGAACGAAUGAAAUGUUAUCCAGACCUAUAUUUUAACUUUGCAACUCUAAACAAAUAUCUGGAGAACUAUGAGAAAGCCCUUACUGGAUUUGAAGCUGCCGCAUUGAAGGAUCCUGGUCUAAAUGCAACAGAGGAGGUCCAACAAGUGCUUUACCUUCUUGACAAAUUACAUAGUUUGCUGACAGGGCGGAGUAAGUCAAAGCGUCUCUCUUCAAUGGCAUUGUCUCUCAAUAACGUUAAUGGUAAUCCCUCUUACAGAAAGACCACCAUAGAUUUUCUUUCCAGAGGUCUUAACAAAGGAGUGGUAUUAAUCGGGAAAGUUUUGUUCUCUGUUAAGCCUGGGACUUUAACUCCACCCUAUUAUGUUCUAUGUGAUUCCACUCAAGCAUGCUAUGUUCUACCGGCAUAUGGGGUACAAAAUGAAGCUAUUAAAGAAGGAGAUACAAUCACACUGUUUCAGCCCCACUGUCAUCAUGUUGACUUUUCAUGGAAAGGAAAGCAUUACCAAUUCAAGUCGGUGCGAGCAGAUUUCUCCGAGCAAGUGCUUGUGAAUGGGAAAGCUUUGUCUUCUAGACAUGGAGUUGGAUCCUCCUUUUAUUUACAAUACAAGCCUUUUUGAAGUGGGGGUGAAGAUGCACUCUUUUGCUUUGUACAUGAGCUCUGCACACUAGGAACACACCUUAGAUUUCUUUUUUGGGUUUGUCUUUUAGAUGAAUAUGUGAAUGGAUAGGCUUAUGACUUCAUUGGCAUUUGAAAAUUGAAACAAUACCAAGAUAAAAAAUUUGAAAAGAAAAAAAAGAAAGCAAUCGUGUAAUUAAAAGCAAUCAUGUACAUUUUAUUCCCUAUUGAUCAGUCUAAGAUUAAGUUU